CUGAGGCGCGGUGCUGAGGCGGGAGCUGAGGCGGGAUCAUGGCGGCGCGCUGAGGGUGAGGCGGGAUCAUGGCGCAGCCGCCGCCGUUCCCCUCCCGCCUCCCGCCGCCCUUCCGCGCCUUCCCGCCGCCCUUCCCCGGCCCCGCCGUCCGCCCAGCGCCCUUCGCGGUCGGGCCGGUGGCACCCCCGCCUUUCUUCUUGCCGCCGCCGGCGGGUGAGGGGGGACCGCGCUUCCCGCCGGGCGUCCCCUACUUAGCGGCGGCCCCGCCGCGGGCAGCGGCCGAGGAGGAGGCGGUGCAGCGGCAGCAGGAUGAGCUGUGGCUGUCGCAGUUCCUGGGCCGCCGCCGCGCUGCUCCCCCGCCGCCACCGCCGCCCGCCGCCGCCAGCCCCAGCAGCGCCCGGGCCGUGGCGCUGGCGGCGCUGGGGCGGGUGGCCCGGGUGACAGAGCUCUGCCGGGCCCUGCGGCGCUGCGAGGACCAGGGCGACGAGCCGGGCUGGGCCCGGGCGCGGGAGGAGGCGGAGAUGGCGCUGAGGGAGCUGCAGGAGGUCGUGCGGCCCCUGCGGGAGCCCGGGUACGGCGAGGCGCUGCGCAGGAAGGCCGAGAGGGCGAGGAAGAGGAGGGUGCGCCUGCAGAGGAGGAAGCACGAAGCCAGGGCGGCCAAGGAGGAGGAGGCGGCCCGGGCCGCCGAGCGAGAGGCCAAGAUCGACCAGUGGCGGGCUAAGUGCAUCCAGGAGGUGGAGGAAAAGAACCGGGAACGAGAGCUGAAGGCUGCUGCUGACAGUGUCCUGUCUGAAGUCCGGAAGAAACAAGCGGAUACAAAGAGGAUGAUGGACAUCCUGCGCGGAUUGGAAAAGCUUCGGAAACUGAGGAAAGAAGCUGCUGCCAGGAAAGGUGUUUGUCCACCUCCUUCAGCAGAUGAAGCAUUUGAAAAUCAGGUGGAGAGUCUCAAAACAUUGCUCAAAACUCGCACAGAACUGUAUGAAGCUGAGGAAAGAGCAUUAAGGGUUAUGCUGGAGGGAGAACAGGAGGAGGAAAGGAAGAGGGAAAUGGAAAAGAAACAGAAGAAGGAAAGGGAAAAACUACUACAGCAGAAACUGGAAAUUGAUUCCAAGCUGUUUGGGGAUCCAGCUGAAUUCCCACUUGUCCAUCUGCUGCAGCCUUUCAGAGACUACUACUUACAAGCUGAACAUUCUGUAGCAGCUCUAAUCCAGAUCAGGCAUGAAUGGGAUCAGUACUUGGUGCCAGCUGACCACCCUGAAGGAAGCUGCAUCCCUCCAGGAUGGGUUCUCCCGAGUCUCCCCACCAAUGACACUUGGGCCACUGCUGUCAGAUAAUUUAGUAAUAAAUUAUUUCAACGUUGGAGGAUUGCUUCAUUAUAAUUAUAUGUAAAUAUGAGGGUCCAAAGAGGAAGUCUCGUCCUCUCUUUUGGCAGCCAGGUACUGGAAUGUCUUUACUGCAAUGUCUUGAAAAAAAGUUUAAGAAGUUUAAGAAUUGUUUUUGCUGAUUGACUGUGCAGGGAGAUAGCUGAGCAAGCCCAGAGCUUCCAGGCCUCUCAUGCUGUGGAAUUACAAUCCGGCUGCGAGUUCUUAUUAAAUCUUAAUCUUAAUAAAGGAACAUUGCUGAUGGUGGUA